UCGGCGACUUGAAGGCAUAAAAACCAAUAUACUCGAUAAAAUGUAGUGCAAGCGGAACAUUUUUCUUUCAUUUUUUUUUUGUAAAUAAUCAAAUACUUCGAUAUUACGAUUUUCCCGUGGUUCUAAUGAAGGAAAAUUUAAAUUUUUGAAGGAAGAUUUUAUUUAAAGGUUCUAAUACUAUUGAAAAUAUAAAAAAGUGGUAACUUUCUGAAGGAAAUAUGAAAUUAGAGGGAUUUGCUUAUUUUUGCUUGCGGGCGGCGGGUAUAUUGAUCGGCGGAUUGGCUGUCAUAUACAUCAUAUGCCACAAUAAAAUUAGUGAUAAUGACGAUGGAUUUAUGUACACGAAAGACAGUCCGGUGGAACGAUUGACAAAAUGGAAGUUGGUUGGACUGAGUGUUUACGCAUGCUGGAUUUAUGGAAUUGAAACGAGAAAGCCAAAUUUUAUGUUAGUUACGCUCGUCUUCUGGAUAUUCGCGUUACUUUGGACGAUUGCAAACUUUUUCUAUUCCUUCACACCAAUCGCAUUCGGUGUAAAUAAAAGUGACGAGAAUGUUACACAAAAAAGGACAGAAUCCAUUCUUACAGCAGUCGGUUUCGCCAUUUUAUUUGGGAUACACUACCUUGUAUACAAGCUGAUGAAGAGUAGCAUUGGCGAUAGAACCCAAGAAAGCGAUGGAGAAAUUGUAAAUGAAGAGAAGAGUUUAAUAAUAAAUCCAUGAAUUCGCAAACAAACAAUGAGAUUAAAACUAAAAAGCAAAUACCGUAAAAUGUUAUUGGAAGAAAUAAAAAGGAAUGAGGUGCUUUGAAAAUGAUUGGUUUUUCAAUUAAUGUCAGUUCAAUGUAGAUUUCAUAUGUCAGAUGGAGAAUCAAUUAGAAUAAUGAGAAUGGACUUUUCUGCUACAAUAGGAAAUUGCUAUUUAAUAUUCAUUGUAUUCAAAAAGAGCUUGCUGAAAUUUUCAUUCCAGCCUGAAAAUGUUGCCA